UCAGUCGAAAGGCCUUGCAUGCCCAAAUUUCCGUCACCGUCACAAGACUUCAGUCUUCUUCCUCCUCUCUCUCUCUCUCUCUCUCUCUCUCCCUCUCUCAUUUUCCGUCAUUUUCUUCUCCACGGAUGAUCGGAGUUCCAGCAGAUCUCCGGUCACCGAUUUUCUUCUAAGAUUUCCGUGAAGAAUUUGUUGAGUUGUUCAGAGAAUAUGGCAGAGCCGCCAUUGAAACCUAUCCUCCAGAAGCCUCCAGGGUAUAAAGAUCCAAAUCACACUGCUCUGCCGGUGCCAAGACCGCCGGUGAGGAAACUGAUACUACCGUCUCCUUUAAGCCAGAAGAACAAGAAGCGACGGAGCUGCUGCCGGAGAUGCUGUUGCUUCGUCUGCCUUUUCGUCCUGUUCUUAAUCGUGGUGAUUGUCGCCGUCGGUGGCGUUUUAUACCUCUGGUUUGAACCUAAACUUCCUGUGUUUCAUCUUCAAUCAUUCCGGAUCUCCAAAUUCAACGUCACCGACAAAUCGGACGGCUCGUAUUUAAACGCCAAAACAAUCGGUCGAAUCGAAAUCAAGAACCCUAACUCAAAGUUAUCGCUAAAUUACGGCGAUAUCGAGGUUGAAAUCGCCGCCGGAGAAGGUACUCGUACUGAAUUAGGAUCGAUGAUCGCACCGAGCUUUAUUCAAUCGAAGGAAAACACAACGAGUUUGAAGAUCGAAACAGUGGUUAGCAACGAAACAGUCGACGACGGAGCGGGCCGGAACCUGAACUCCGGCAAUCGGACCGGAGAGCUGGUGGUGAAUAAAAAAAUUAACUAAUUUUAAUUUAUUAAUUAAUUAAUAUUUUGAUGAUAACAAACCUGUUUUUAUUCAUUAACAAUUUGAGUGUUUUGAAGUACCUAUUGCGUAGAGCUUGAAACAAUGAUUCCAACGAAAUUUGAAUCACUCAAAUCGGAUUUCAAACGAAAAAGGUAUGACCGAAACAAGUUUAACGGAAAAAUAUCAAACUGAUGUGACAUAAGUUUUCUUAUCAAAUUGGAUCCAUUAGAGAUUGCCACUCGGAGGUAUAGAGUGAGUGACACAUGGGGCUUUAAAUUUGC